GAAGAGCAGAGCUGAUCCCUGGCACAUGGGAUGGCUCUGAUCCUGACCUUUGUUCCUCCAGUUAAAUAGGUGUGUAGGAGGGAAAGGAGAGAGAAAGUUCUCAGCUUGAAAUUUUGAAGUGCUACUGCCAAUCUUAAGUCAUGGGAGCAGAGAAGGCUUCUUUAUAUGGAGUCAGACCCUUGGUCCAUCUAGCUAGCUCAGUAUUACACUGACUGGCAGAGGCUCAACUAUGGAGCUAUGGCCCCCAUUCCGGGCCUAAGGGACAUUUUGCAUCACUUUCUAAAUGUCUAGGAACUUGGGAAGUGGUCUUAUCAUUGGUCCAUCUGGCUCAGUAUUAUCUACGCUGACUGGCAAUGGCUUCUCCAAGGUUUCAGGCAGGAGUUCCUCCCAUCCCUACUUCCUAUUCUUACAUGCUUCCAGGGAUUGAAGUUGGGAUUUUCUGCAUGCAAGCAGAUGCUCUUCCACUGAGCUAUGGCCCUUUCCUCUAAACAGAAUACCUUACAGUGCUCACAUGUAGUCUCUCACCCAAAUGCACGUGUGCACUGGGGCGGCAGGGAGGUACACUGCUGCCCCAAGAGAGACUUUUUAAAUGGAGCACCUGCAGGGGAAACGCGGCGGGAGGGGUAAGGGGCACCCUCCCCCGCCCUUAAAGGUAUGCCCCCCGCCUUCGAACCAACUGAACCACCGGUUGUCCGAACUGGUUCGAAGGCCCGUAAAGGGCUUCCAAACCGGUUCCAUGCACAUCCCAACUCCAAGGUGCCCCUCCCUGUACAUUCAAAUGCAAACCAGGGCAGACCCUGCGUAGCGAAGGGGACAAUUCUUGCUCAUUACCCCAAGGCUCUCCUCCCCAAGACAAUCAGGCGGACCAACAGCCUCGUUCCUUGUGUGGCCCUGCUGGCUCUUCCCUUUGUUGGCAGCACUUUAUAAACUCCUCAGGGUGUGGAGGCCUCUGUGAAUCCUAUUGCAAUUCACAGCGUACAGACAACAUUACAGCUGAUAAUUAGAAACAAAAAACAACAGGGCCACACAAGAGGCACAUUAGCUUGUUAAACUAGUUUGUUACACAAGGUGAGGAGGUUAAGCCCCAAGCUGAUGUUUCCAAGGAAUCCAUGGUGGUGCUGGCUGCCACAUGGGCCUGUAGUGGAUUUCCCAGUGCAGGAGCUUGUGUCUGGAGGUUACCAGUGGGCAGAAUUCAGUUGUUGCCAUUCAUUUGUGUUCUUUUACAGGAGUCGGCUGGAUUAGGAUGGCGCCAUGGAGACUGUACCACUCUCCCACCAUAAAGCGGAGGAAGGCCGUAGGGUGACCAAGAGUUUGGCUAUUUAAAGAGUUCAUUCACACCACCGGAAACUGCCUGGGUUGUGUGAAAGCAAAUUGGUUGCUUCCAGAUGGUUGUGCGGCCACAAUUUGGUUGUGUGGCAGCAAACAACUAGGUAGGAGGAGGGAGAAGUGAUUGUGUGGAAGCAAGGAAGGAGGAAAAGCUGUGUUAGGAUGGCACUGUCAUAUACCGAGUAAGCUACCACAUACCGAGUCAGAUCAUUGGUCCCUCUAGCUCAGUAUUGUCUGCACAGACUGGCAGUGGCUUCUCCAAGGUUGCAGGCAAGGGUCUCUCUGCGCCCUUUCUUGGAGAUGCUCCCAGGGAGGGAACUUGGGACCAUCAGUCCGACUUUUCAAGGAUUUCCGGUUGGUACGUGAACACCAGUGGUGAACACUAAUGUGUGCUUCUUGAGAUGGAAGAUGGAUUUGGGGUCUGCAGCCCUGGAAGGCCAGUUGGGCUCCCCAGGCCUUGGUUUUGCCUUGGUAGCAAUGGGUAGUACGCCUACCAGGCAUAAACGCUGUUUUUAAUCACUGAUGGGUUAAAGAAGUUCUCUGAGAAAUGGACAGCAUUUUUGCUCACACUUGAGAGGUUGGGCUCAUCUCCCUGCUUGGCUUUCCCAGGUGGAAACACAGGAAUCAGGAAGGCAACGGCCCUGGACUUGGCCCGGAGAGGAGCCCGCAUCAUCCUGGCUUGCCGCCACAGAGCGCGAGGAGAGUCCGCUGCCUAUGACAUCAGGAGGUCCAGCAAAUCACAGCACACCCUACUCACUUCCUGGUGUCCAUGAUGGAGCGUGACAGUCCCAAAAUGAUGACCUGAACUCAGAGUCGUCUCCCAUUCCGAUGCAAACCAGGGCAGACCCUGCUUAGCAAAGGAGACCAUUGGUAGUUGCUACCCCAAGACCAGCUUGAUUGAGCCGGGAGUUCCAUCGAGAGGAGUUUGUUGAGAAGCUCGUGGAGUGAGUGGUGCGCCCAUGAAGGCUGUGUCAGCAAGGAGGAGGGUCCCUCCAGCCGCCGCCCCCCCCGCCCUCCAAUCGGGCAGCAGGGAGGAGCCCAAGGAAGGCGGCCAGGAGAGCAGGUCUUGCGCUCUGGAUCGCGGCGGCGGCGGCAGCAGUUUUUGAGGCACAGGCGCCGGAGGCGGAGGCGGAGCCCAGCAGGCAGCAGACAGAGCAGGCAAUCAUGGUGGCCACGGCGUUGGCGGGGCUGGCGCUGCUGCUGGGCCUCUACGCCUGGCUCUACCACAACGUCCUGCAAGGGACCCGAUGCAGGAACGAGACCGGCCUCCGCGGCAAGACGGUUCUCAUCACAGGUGGGAACACGGGAAUCGGGAAGGCGACGGCCCUGGACUUGGCCCGGAGAGGAGCCCGCAUCAUCCUGGCUUGCCGCCACAGAGCGCGAGGAGAGUCCGCUGCCUAUGACAUCAGGAGGGCCAGCGGGAACAACGAGGUUCUCUUCAUGAGCCUGGACCUGGCCAGCUUGAAGUCGGUGCGGGUUUUUGCAGAGACCUUCUUGCGAUCGGAGCCCCGCCUGGACAUUCUCAUCAACAAUGCAGGAAUUGCCGAUGGAGGAAGAAGUGAGGAUGGCUUCAACCUGGCAUUCCAGGUGAACCACCUGGGUCACUUUCUUCUGAACCAUCUCCUUCUGGAUCGGCUGCAGCACUGUGCGCCUAGCCGCUUGCUGGUCGUUGCUUCAAAUGCUCAUCUACCCGGAAAGAUCGACUUCCAGAAUGUCCACAAGCCCGUGGCUGGGGUGUUGAAAGCAUUUCAGUCUUAUUGCAAUAGCAAACUGGCUAAUAUCUUGUACGCCCGCGAGCUGGCCAACAGGUUGGAAGGGACCAAGGUGACCUGCUAUGCCAUUCAUCCAGGGUCUGUUAGAACUGAAAUAGUUCGCAGCAUUCCCACCUGGAUGAAGCCAUUUUAUUUCCUCUUCUCCUGGCUCUUCUUCCGAGACCCGACAGGCGGAGCUCAGACUUCCAUCUACUGUGCCACUCAGGAAGGGAUUGAGAUGUUCAGCGGGCGCUAUUUUGUUGAUUGUGAGCUCCAGGAUCCCUGGCCCCAUGCCUGCGAUGACGCUGUGGCCAAGAAGCUUUGGGAAGUCAGCGAGAAGCUGUUGGGGCUACCUCCAGGUGGACCUCAUGAUCCGCUGGGGCUCCUUUCCCGCAGAUAACAAAACCGCAGGUGAUGAAUCACUGAGUAUGGGAACGCCAGGGUUAGGGUCCCAGACUCAAACAAUCCAACCAAUAAAAGAAUACAACCAUGGGCAAUGGGUCUAGCAUGCUAUGCAUGCUACCUGGCAUCCAGCAGUGCCUCCCAAAUGCCCAUGGUUGUAUUCUUUUGGUUGGUUGGAUUGUUUGAGUCUGGGACCCUAAACCUGGCAUUCCCAUACUCAGUGAUUUGCAUUUGUAUCUAUCAAAUGCACAGGGCAUGAGUGGUUUAGAGGUAGUACUUUAGAACUGCCUGCUGGAUGCAUAGAGUAUCUUGCACUGAAAAUUCUGGCGUCUGUGGGUUCUGCCUGUCUUUCUAUCCCUGCUCCCUCUGGUUUAUCUUCUGUGAGGCCUUAAAUUUCUGGAAACAACUCUGGGAAAGUUUUGUACAAAAGUGUUUGUAUGUAUUGGCAGGGCGGGGGAGGUGUUUUGCCCACUUUUCUUUUGUGAGGCCUCGGAUUUCUGCGAUUUUCUGGAAACAACUUUUUGCAAUAAAAUUUUCUGGAAACAA